CGUCAGGCUCCGCACAUGGAGAGAAAUUGAGGUCCGACCAGCCCAGAUAGGAUCACUCAUUCCUCCUCCCUCGAAGAGUUACGACCUGCCGUGCCUCCUCCGCGGACGACUGUUGGUCUCUCUGGGUCUGCUGGAGGAGUUACCACCACGGGGCACCACCAAUUCUCUCCCUCUCUCUCUCUCUCUCUCCCGAGUCUUUGGUUGUAACUCCCGUCAGCUUUCUGGAUUUAUAGUCGGCACUUGACGUGAGAAAGACAUGGAGAAAAUGGCCAGACAACUGUCCCCCUCCAACGGCGUCCUGAAGUCCUUGCUGGAGAACCCGCUCAAGCUGCCCUUCCAGCACGACGGAGGGCUCUGCAAGGAUAAGGAAAAGGAGAAGAAACUUGAGGAUGAGGGCGGUGCCGGCCCCCAGUCGGCCUUCCUGGGGCCCACGCUGUGGGACAAGACGCUGCCGUAUGACGGGGACAACUUCCAGCUGGAGUACAUGGACCUGGAGGAGUUCCUGUCGGAGAAUGGUAUCCCCACCAGCUCAGCACAGCACGCAGAGCAGCAGGGGGGCCCAGGGGCCACCCCGGGGCCCCAGCGGCCCCCCUCCUCUCCCUCUCCCCUCUCCUCCUCCUCCUCCUCCUCCUCCUCCUCCUCCUCCUCCUCCUCCUCCUCCCCCUCAGUGAGGGCCACCAUCCCCAGUCUGCCCGGGCGCCCGAGGCCCCUGGAACACAUGCAGAAGAGCAGCAUCGCAGAUCUGGCCCCGUCCCGGGACACCCCCAGCCCCAUCGACCCGGAGUCCAUCCAGGUCCCGGUCGGGUACAACCCGGACCCCGCCGACCUGGCCCUCUCCAGCGUCCCGGGUCAGGAAGUGUUCGACCCCCGCAAGAGGAAGUUCUCGGCGGAGGAGCUGAAGCCCCAGCCCAUGAUCAAGAAGGCCCGCAAGAUCUUCAUCCCUGAGGACCUGAAGGACGACCGGUACUGGGCGCGGCGGAGGAAGAACAACGUGGCGGCCAAGCGGUCCCGUGACGCGCGGCGGGUGAAGGAGAACCAGAUCGCCAUCAGAGCCAGCUUCCUGGAGAAGGAGAACGGGGCGCUGCGGCGCGAGGUGGCCGACCUCCGCAAGGAGCUGGGGAGGUGCUCCUCCGUGGUGGCCCAGUACCAGGACCGCCACGGGCCCCUGUGAAGGGACCCACAACCAGCGGGGGGCCCCCCCACACACACACACACACAGACUGAACGCACACACUGAACACUCACACUGAACACACACACACAACCACUGAAUACACACACACACACACAUACACACACAC